AUGCAGGUCUUUGGGCCACCGAAGACCCGCUCGACGAGCGGCAUCGAUUUUGACAAAUACGAUGCUAUCCCGGUGCAGGUUUCGGGCGAGAACAGCACGGACGUGAAACCCAUCGUCCGUUUUUCAGAGGCAAAGCUGGUGGACUCCCUCUUCGACAACCUCCGGCGAUGUGGGUACGAUCGCCCAACCCCUGUGCAGAAGUAUUCCAUACCCAUUGUGCUGUCCGGGCGCGAUCUCAUGGCUUGCGCACAGACGGGCUCAGGAAAGACCUGCGCCUUCAUGGUGCCCUGUCUCGAGUCCCUGCUCCGGUCUGGGCCACCACAGCAGAACAGCAGGGGCCGGCAGAAGCCAGCGCCUUGUGGCCUUUGCCUGGCGCCAACGCGCGAGCUGGCAUCGCAAAUUCACGAGGAGAGCAAGAAGUUUGCCUUCGACACUGGGAUCCGUUGCUGCAUCAUCUACGGCGGUGCGGACAUGCGAGAACAGAGGAGUGAGCUCGAGGGGGGCUGCGAUGUACUAAUCGCCACGCCGGGACGCCUGACAGACAUGUUCGAGCGAACUUUCCUUUCUCUCGCCAAUGUUCAGUUCUUCAUCCUAGAUGAGGCAGACCGAAUGCUUGAUAUGGGUUUCGAGCCCCAGGUCCGGCAGAUCGUAAAGCAAACCGACAUGGGCAAGUGGAGCACUGUUCGACUGCAGUCGAUGAUGUUCUCAGCGACGUUCGCUUCGGAGGUCCAGGUCAUGGCACGCGACUUUCUUUCGGACUACCUCUUCAUUACAGUUGGGCGCGUGGGGGCUGCGUCGGAACUGGUUACGCAGAAGGUCGUCUAUGCAGACGAAGGAUCGAUGAAGGUGCGCAAGCUGGACACCGUCGUCAAGGAGCACCUGCCUAAGGAUGGCCUUUGCGUGGUCUUCGUCGAGACGAAACGUGGGGCUGACUCCCUGGAAAUAGAGCUGCACAAGAAUGGCAUCAGCGUCGCGGCAAUCCACGGCGACCGAAGCCAGAUACAGCGAGAGGAGGCGCUUGCUGCCUUCAAGACAGGGGCCAAUCCGAUCCUCGUGGCCACGGAUGUGGCCGCGCGUGGUUUGGACAUUCCAAACGUGUCGUUGGUGGUGAACUUCGACAUGCCAAAACAGCUGGACGAUUACGUUCAUCGAAUUGGGCGCACCGGGCGUGCCGGUCGCAAGGGUACGGCCGUGGCUUUCGUGAACGAAAGGUGCGCAUACCUCCACGACCUGUACGACAUUUUGAUCGAGGCCAAGCAGGACACUCCCAUCUGGUUCGAGGAAAUGGUGAGGCAGGCACGGCGUCCCACGGGCGGCAAGGGCGGCCGCCGCGCAGAGCGCUUCGGAGGUUCGGACAUCCGGGCUGACGAAAAAGGUUCAGGUACCGGGCCGCCUCCAGGUUCCUCGCUGCUGGCGAAGCCUGCGCGGGCGGAACUUCCUAUGCCUCGAGCACCAGACGCUUUCGGCAACAGCGGGCUGGAAGACGCUUGGUGA